AUGUCGGACGAUGAGUUUAUGAUGGAUGAUGCGCUCGAUGAUGAUGAGCAGGAUUACGAAUUUGAAUUCGAAGAUGAUGAGGAUAUGGACGACCAGAACGCAGAUGUCGAAAAUAAGUAUUACAACGCCAAGGUCAUCAAAGCUGAUAAUCCUCGAGAUGCGCUACGAGAGUUUCGAGAUAUUGUGCAUCAGGACCAGAUUCAAUCGGAAUGGGGCUUCAAGGCGUUGAAGCAACAAAUUAAACUUUUAUUGUCUCUUGGGCAAUACGAUGACGCCCUAAACGAAUACGCGCACUUAGUACGAUGCACUGAGAAGUCCUUUCUUUCAUUCAACUACGUCGAGAAAUCGAUCAAUACCAUAUUAGACUGUGCCUCAACGGUGUUGGAGAUGCCAUGCGAUAAGAUCGAAGCCUGGUACGAGGUUACGAAGCGCACCGCUUUGGCACGUAACACGGAGCGGUUGUAUACAAAAGUUUGUAUUAAGCAUGCGUAUCUCUGGCUUUCACGGCAUGAAUGGCAUCGACUAAGUCUUGUGCUUGGCGACUUGCGAGCUAACGUAUUGAGCGACAAGCAAUCGGACACACAGAUUCAUGGGACCAAUGUCCUUGAGCUAUAUUCCCUUGAAAUUCAAAUGUAUCAACAACUACACAAUGCGAGUAUGGUCAAGAAGGUAUUCCUCGAGGCAACGAAUGUUACCAAUGCUAUUCCACAUCCAAGAACUAUGGGCGUCAUUCGUGAAUUCGGAGGUAAAAUGUACAUGGAAGAAAAAGACUGGGAAGCAGCUCAGGUAAACUUUUUCCAAGCUUUUCGAAAUUAUGACGAGGCAGGAAGCUCCCAGCGAAUCCAAGUUCUCAAGUAUCUUGUUCUCGCCAAUAUGCUCAUGGGCAGCAGUAUCAAUUUGUUUGACUCUCAAGAAACCAAGCCUUACAAAGAUGAUCCUGACAUCGUAGCUAUGACGGCAUUGAUGGAUGCAUAUGAGCGACGCGAUGUAAAGGAUGCGGAGCGCAUCAUUUCUGACCAUCAUUACACCUUCCUACAAGAUACUUUUGUACAGCAAUUUAUUCCUGAUGUGAUCAAAGAGCUGCGCGUGCAAUAUAUUCUGAAUUACAUCCGCCCCUACAGAUCGGUGCGACUGGACAGGCUUGCGUCGAUGCUGGACAUCCGGAUCGAUGAAGUGGAAGCACUGCUCGUUAUGCUCAUCCUAGACGGCCGCAUUGAUGGUGCCCUCGACGGCAUGCAUCAUGUGCUACAAAUCAAGCAUGCGUCCACACCCAACCAUAGCCAGGACAUGCAGCAUGCUUUGCAUCACUGGUCAAAGCAGGUGCACGCCUUGGCAUUGGCCAUCUCGCACAAGCAAGCCAAACGAUUGGUUCGGACAAAGUAG